AUGGCUAUGGGUGCCUCAGUUUCGACAGCAAUUGGAGGUGUUAAUGGAGUAGUGUUGAAAGUGAAUGGUUCUCACCCAAGAACCACCUUUUAUGGCAAGAGGCUAAAUGUAGUGUCCCCUAAAGCAAUCGACGACAAGAUUUCGUCCAGGAGUUUUAAGGUUGUAGCAGAAGUUGAUGAGAAGAAACAGACGGACAAGGACAGAUGGAAGGGGCUUGUAACCGAUGAAUCUGAUGACCAGCAGGAUAUCACCAGAGGAAAGGGAAUGGUGGACACACUGUUUCAAGCUCCCAUGGGCAGUGGUACUCACCAUGCAAUCAUGAGUUCCUAUGACUACAUCAGUGCCGGUCUUCGCCAAUACCAAUUUGAUAAUAAUAUGAAUGGCUACUACAUUGCCCCUGCUUUCAUGGAUAAGCUCGUUAUUCACAUAGCCAAGAACUUCAUGAACCUGCCAAACAUCAAGGUUCCACUCAUAUUGGGGAUAUGGGGAGGUAAAGGUCAGGGGAAAUCAUUCCAGUGCGAGCUUGUUUUUGCUAAAAUGGGAAUCAACCCAAUUAUGAUGAGUGCUGGAGAAUUGGAAAGUGGAAAUGCUGGAGAGCCUGCUAAACUGAUUAGGCAAAGGUACCGUGAGGCAGCCGACAGAAUUGCAAAGGGAAAGAUGUGUGUCCUCUUCAUCAAUGAUCUUGAUGCAGGGGCUGGUAGACUUGGUGGAACUACACAAUAUACAGUCAAUAACCAGAUGGUGAAUGCAACCCUUAUGAACAUUGCUGAUAAUCCAACCAAUGUUCAGCUCCCCGGUAUGUACAACAAACAGGAGAAUCCUCGGGUCCCUAUUAUAGUCACCGGAAAUGACUUCUCAACGCUGUACGCCCCUCUUAUCCGGGAUGGUCGUAUGGAGAAGUUCUACUGGGCACCAACUAGAGAAGACAGAAUUGGUGUUUGCACGGGUAUCUUCAGGACAGAUAACGUGCCUAGAGAGGACAUUGUAAAACUUGUUGACGCUUUCCCUGGACAAUCUAUUGAUUUUUUCGGUGCCAUAAGAGCAAGAGUGUAUGACGAUGAAGUGAGGAAGUGGAUCGCAAGUGUUGGUGUAGAAAAUGUUGGGAGAAAACUCGUAAAUUCCAGGGAGAAACUCCCAGAAUUUGAGCAACCAAAAAUGACUGUCGAAAAGCUCCUCGAGUAUGGAUCCCUGCUUGUCCAAGAGCAGGAGAAUGUGAAGAGAGUCCAAUUAUCAGACAAGUACUUGAAGGAGGCAGCACUUGGAGAUGAAAAUGAGGAUGCCAUCAACAAUGGAACUUUCUACAAAUAA